GUGACUAUAAUGUCUUCUUCCGCUCACUGCCUCAGAAGAAGAAUAGUAGUUUAAAGAUGGCGCUACCUGGUGUUGCGCUCAUGCGGUUGAGAGCGCUUUGCAGCAUUGGAAAAUGUGUUCAUACAGAAGGCAAACCCGUGUCCAGUUGGAGCAGAGAAAUGCGGUGGUAUAGGACAAAGCCUUGGAGCGUUCAGGAACACGGGACAUCACAUUUCCAGUCUCAGCGUGGUAACGUUAGUUCAAGCCUCCUGAAGCAGUUUCCAGAGCCCAAAACCCUUCUGAAUAACACAAUCAACCGGGCACUGGGAAUCAGCGAUUUGUCCCAGUACAUCCAGUACAGCUGCACUGAACAUGCGGGUUUCAAGAAAGCAACUGUCACACUACUGUGGCCUUGCAAGAUUGAGGAGGAGGGCUGUGCCUCCAAGAGGGUCGAUGCAGAGCAACUUGCUGCAGCUGCUGCCUGUCUCAAACUCAGAGAAAUGGGUGUGAUUGGUCCAAACAAUCAGCUUCCCAGGAGGGGAGCUGGCCGUGGUAGAGAAGGGCUAGAUUCACCCUGUUAUGAUUACGACCAACGUGCAGAAAGCGUCCUUGUUUCUAGAGCUAAAGCAGAUGUUGAAAAACAACCCCUGCCUCCUUUAGAAGAUGCCUCCAAAGGCUCUGACGCGCUUUCCCUGUUUCCUCAAUCAAAAUCUCUCCUGACCAGGGUCAUCCAGGUGGCUACAUCAUCCAGCAGGAUCAGGGAGCUAAUCCAGUUUAGAACAACUGGAGGUAAACUGAAGAAGUGUGAACUGACCUUGCACUGGCCUGAGGAGAUGACGUUCACAGCCAGAGCGAGCAACAGAAUGACAGCAGAGAGGACAGCUGCAGCUCUUGCCUGCAUGAAACUGAAGGAGCUGGGGCUGCUGGAUAAAGACAACAACCCGCUGACUCACGCCAAGUACCACCAUGAGAAGGUGAGGGAAGCUGGAGAGCGGGAGAGACGCCCCCUUCCGCUGGAAGUCCCAAAAUACCUGCAGGAAGACAUGAGAGAGUAUCUCACACAGUACCCAGUGGCAACAGAAGUACAGAAAGUGUGGGAGGAGGAAGAGUUGAAAGGACAGCAGCUGGUCAACCAGGAGGAUGAGGAAGAAGAGGAAGACUGGGUAACAGAUGCCAUUACAGGCAGGCCAUACAGACCUAUGUCUACACAAGAGGCUCAGGAGCUCAACAUCCACCUGCAAGAGGAAUGGGAAAGGGCAAACCCUGGGCUGAGUGUGGAGCUCCCGGUUGAUGCCCAUCGUCAGCGCGUGGUCUCUGCAGUGCAGUCCUCCAGAGUUGUUGUGAUCGCUGGUGAAACAGGAUGUGGCAAAACGACACGGAUCCCCCGCUUCCUGCUGGAGGAAUAUGUGAGAGGUGGGGAGGGAGCAGAGUGCAACAUCCUAGUGACCCAGCCUCGCCGGAUCAGUGCUGUGUCCGUGGCCCACCGUGUUGCUCAUGAGAUGGGGUCAGCUUUAAAACGCUCUGUGGGAUAUCAGGUGAGACUUGAGAGCCGACCCCCGGAGCAGAGCGGCGGAGCCUUGCUCUUCCUCACAGUGGGUGUCCUGCUGCAGAAGCUAGCGGCAAACCCCGCCGUAGUGUUGGACGAGAUCCAUGAGAGAGACAUAAACACAGACCUGCUGCUGGCCUUGCUGCGCUCGAGUUUAAACGAGAACCCCGACCUACGAGUGGUGCUUAUGAGUGCCACUGGAGACAACCAGAGGCUGGCUCAGUACUUUGGAGGCUGCCCAAUUGUAAAGGUGCCAGGGUUCAUGUACCCAGUGAGAGACAAAUACCUGGAGGAUAUGCUGAAAGAGAUGGGACGCCCACUACCAGCCCAAGAGACAUACAACCAGUUUAAGGGAGGAAAAGCUGAGGUUGAGCCAGAUCUUGAUUUAGUCGCUGACGUAAUCGAGCACAUUGACAAACAUGGAGAACCAGGGGCAGUGUUGUGUUUCCUGCCUGGAUGGCAGGACAUCAAGUCAGUUGAGAAGAAACUUGAGGAGAAGCCCCACUUCUCCUCAGGCUCACAGAUGAUCCUACCAUUGCACUCUAGCUUAUCGGUAGCAGAUCAGCAAACGGUGUUCCAGCGCCCCCAAGUGGGCCAGAGGAAGAUUGUGCUCACCACCAACAUUGCUGAGACCUCGGUCACUAUAGAUGACAUUGUUCAUGUGGUGGACACAGGAAUGCACAAAGAACAGGAUUAUGAUGCACAGACCAAGGUCUCCUGUCUGGACACAGUUUGGAUAUCCCACUCUAAUGUCAUUCAAAGAAAAGGGAGAGCAGGGCGAUGUCAACCAGGACAGUCGUAUCAUUUGUUUCCACAAAAACAGCUGGAAACUAUGACUCCCUUCCCCGUCCCAGAGAUCCUGCGCACCCCACUGGAGAGUUUGGUGUUGCAGGCCAAAAUCCACAGUCCUAACAACAAGGCUGUAGAUUUCUUAUCCCAAGUGCUGGACAGUCCAGAGCAAGAGGCUGUGAGAGAUGCUGUCCGAAAUCUACAAAAUAUAGGAGUUCUGGACAAGACAGAAACCCUGACACCUUUAGGAGAGCGCAUUGCCUGUAUGUCAUGUGACCCUCGACUGGGAAAAGCAUUGGUCCUGAGUGCCAUGUUCAGAUGUACUCUGCCCAUUUUGUCUAUAGCUGCUUGUCUGACCAGAGACCCCUUCCAUAACAGCCUGCAGAACAGAGCACUAGUUAACAAGGCAAAAGAGGAUCUGAGUGGCUCCAGCUGCAGUGACUAUUUGAUAUUCAGUAGAGCUGUGUUGGGAUGGAGGAGAGUUCAGUGGAAUGGAGACAGAGAGAGCAGGGAUGACUAUCUGGAGCAACACACUCUGUCUAGGGCCGGCCUUAGAUUCAUCAAUGGUCUCAUCUCCCAGUUCAGUGAGAACCUGCAUGAAACUGAGCUGGUUUCUCGUGCCAGCGAGUGCCAGCGUCACAAUUCUCUUUACAAUGAACACAGCAACGAGGAUGAGCUAGUUAAAGCAGUGAUGCUGGCUGGACUCUAUCCCAACCUCAUUCAGGCAAAGAAAGGUGUCGUGACCAAAGGAGGGCGCUUUCAUCCCAACAAUAUCACUUUCCGAACACUCAGUGGACCAGUGCUGCUUCAAAAAAAAACUUCAGUGAACAGAGGAAAAAAAGAGCUCCCUAGUCGGUGGCUGACCUUCUUCAGUGCAGUCAAGUCUAAUGGGAAUGUUUUCAUCAGAGAUUCUUCUGCGGUCCAUCCCCUCGCCCUGCUGCUGCUCACAGACUGUGAUAUCACAGAGAUGGUGAAUGGCGACAGAGUGGAAGUGUCAUUUCUUGGACGCUCUCUGAUGCGCUGUGAGUUGUCAGUUGAGACAUGGUGGCUGUUGUGGGAACUGCGCACUUCCAUUCAGACCAUGCUGUACCGAAACCUCAACAAUCCCAACAACGCAGCCACCUAUGCUUCUCAAGAUGGAAAGCUCAUCUCUUUACUUGUGGAGCUGCUCAACAAUACUGACUCAAACCCUUUUGCCCAGAAUCACAACAGUGACAGUGAUGUGGAAUGAUGACGGUUAGCAUUUGCUAUAUAGGUAUUUUUUUUGUUUUGUCAGAAAUAUUAAGUUCUUAAUUCAGGACUUAUUGUGCUGCACUAAACAGAACUAUUUAAAAUAAAGUGUUGAAAAUUUACCAGGACCAACACUUCUGAAGGGACAUGAGUAACCUCAUGCUGUUUCCAGUCUGUCUCUGUCAUAGGUUCAGUGCUCUACCAGAGGAUGUUAAACUACUUCUACUACUGCUACUACUACUACUAAUAAUAAUAAUAACAGUUUUCUGACAGGCUCUAUGGGGGGGGUAGGUACAAGUUUAAUCCACCACAAAGCCCAUAAAAAUGCCACAGGUUAAGCAGAGAAAGAUAAAUUAUUUGUUUGAUGAAUUCCCAUCCACAUUAGCCACAUGCAUCUGAAAUGCAGUUUUU